UCUGCGUGGCCCCGGUGCCUGCCGGGAGAACGGGGAUCCUGCUCGUUGCCUGACGCGGUCGGCACUUCCCAGACCUGAUCCUGCCGAGGCUGGGCUUUCUGUGUGAGGAGGGAGGAGCGGCCAGCCGGCCCGCCGCGCCCGGCGCCUCCUGGCCGCGGCGGCCGAGGGGCUGCGGGAGGCUGCUUGCGCCCCCUCGGCGCAUCACACUGAGGACGCCAGGCCGUCCGGUCAUGACCAUCUAAGGAAUGAUAAUCACAUAAGAGCACCUAUUAAUACAGGUGUCAUUUGGCUCAUCAGAGAAAAUCUGUCUAAAAGAAAAUGUUCUGAUGGAUUCCCUUUACUCUGAUUCAUACCAAAGCUGUCCUGAACCAAAACAAGAAAGGAUCCUGCAUGAGUCAGUCUCAGAAUGCCAGUUUCACAUCACCAAGAGAUGAAGAAAACCUCAUGAACAGCAAUCACAGAGACUCGGAGAGCAUCACUGAUGUCUGCUCCGACCAGGACCUCCCUGAAGCUGAGCUGGUGAGCCUGCUGGAGGAGCAGCUGCCCCAGUACAAGCUGAGGGUGGACUCACUCCUUCUGUGUGAGAACCAGGACUGGGUGCAGUCACCACUUCAGCAGCAGCAUGCACCUGACGCCCUCUCCCCAGUCCUUGCCGAAGAGACCUUCCGAUACAUGAUUCUAGGCACAGACAGGGUUGAGCAGAUGACCAAAACGUACAAUGACAUCGACAUGGUUACACAUCUCCUGGCAGAGAGGGAUCGUGACCUGGAGUUAGCUGCUCGAAUUGGACAAGCUCUCUUAAAGCGGAAUCAUGUCUUAUCUGAGCAGAAUGAAGCCCUGGAGGAGCAGUUGGGGCAGGCCUUUGAUCAAGUUAAUCAGCUGCAGCAUGAGCUGUCCAAGAAAGAUGAGUUACUUCGCAUCGUCUCCAUUGCUUCUGAAGAGAGUGAGACUGAUUCCAGCUGUUCCACACCUCUUCGGUUCAAUGAAUCCUUUAGUUUAUCUCAGGGUUUAUUGCAGUUGGAUAUGCUUAAAGAAAAGCUCAAGGAACUGGAAGAAGAAAAUAUGGCCCUUCGGUCUAAAGCUUGUCAUAUCAAAACAGAAACUUUUACAUAUGAAGAGAAGGAACAGCAGCUUGUCAAUGACUGUGUUAAAGAACUCCGUGAAACAAAUGCUCAAAUGUCCAGAAUGACUGAAGAAUUGUCAGGGAAGAGUGAUGAACUGAUUCGAUACCAAGAAGAGAUCUCCUCUCUCUUAUCUCAGAUCGUAGAUCUUCAGCACAAACUGAAAGAACAUGUAAUUGAGAAGGAGGAGCUAAGACUUCACCUGCAAGCUUCUAAAGAUGCCCAGAGACAGCUGACAAUGGAGCUGCAUGAGUUACAAGACAGGAACAUGGAAUGUCUGGGGAUGUUGCACGAAUCCCAAGAAGAAAUAAAAGAGCUUCGUAGUAGAUCUGGCCCUGCUGCUCCUCUGUACUUCUCGCAGUCCUAUGGGCUUUUUACUGGGGAAUCUUUGGCAGCUGAGAUUGAGGGAACAAUGCGUAAAAAGUUGAUUUUGGAUGAGGAAUCAUCUCUUUUUAAACAAAAAGCCCAACAGAAACGGGUGUUUGAUACUGUCAAGGCUGCCAAUGACACACGGGGCCGCUCUGUCCCACUUCCAGCUCUGCUACCUAUCCCGGGGUCCAACCAUUCGAGUGUCAUCAUGACAACCAAACUUUUUGAAUCUGGUGUACCACAGACAGAGAACAGAACACUGCUGGGCCAGGGGAGUGACUUCAAGGACGUUCCAGACAGUUGUCAGCCCUCAAGCCAGCCAGGGCCCUCUGCAGAUAGUGACUUGGCAGUGGCCCUGCAUCGUCUCAGCCUGCGUCGGCAGAACUACUUCAGUGAGAAGCAGUUCUUUGCUGAAGAAUGGGAGCGGAAGAUCCAAGUUCUGGCUGACCAGAAAGGAGGUGCUAGUGGUUGCAACAGCCCCCCAGAGAGCCUGGACACCCUGUCCACUGACCAGUCGGAGAGCACAGAGCUUGGCAGUGCCAGUUGCCUUCGAGGGUUUAUGCCAGAAAAGUUACAAAUCGUCAAGCCCCUUGAAGGAUCACAAACUCUGUACCACUGGCAGCAGCUUGCUCAACCAAAUUUGGGGACCAUUCUUGACACACGACCGGGUGUCAUUACUAAAGGCUUUACCCAGUUGCCCAAGGAUACUGCCAUGUAUCACAUCUCAGAUUUAGAGGAGGAUGAAGAGGAGGGGAUCACUUUUCAGGUUCAGCAGCCUCUUCAGGUGGAGCAGAAACCUGAGGUAGCCAAGCCAAUAGCAGGGCACUUCCUGCCACCCAUCAGUUCAGCAGAUGGACCUGUUACAGUUGCAACCUCAAACCCAGGAAAGUGUCUGUCAUGCACGAACUCAACAUUCACCUUCACCACCUGUAGAAUAUUGCAUCCCUCUGAUAUCACUCAGGUUACCCAUAGCUCUGGGCUCCCUUUGCUGUCCUGUGGAAGCAGUGGGAGCGCCUCACCCAGCACAGCUGUGAGCUCCCCCGCCGUGUCCUACCAGCUCAACAUUGGUGAGUCCAUCACCAACCGACGAGACUCCACAACAACCUUCAGCAGCACCAUGAGUUUGGCCAAACUCCUACAAGAGCGGGGCAUCUCUGCUAAAGUGUACCACAGCCCAGUGUCCGAGAAGCCCCAUCUCCAGCCGCUUCUGAAAACCCUGGCUACACCUUCCACACCACCAAAUUCUCCGUCUCACUCACCAUGCCCCUCUCCUAUGCCGUUUGAGUCCCGGGUGCAUCUCUCUGAAAAUUUUUUGGCUUCUCGGCCAGCUGAAACAUUCCUCCAGGAGAUGUAUGGUUUGAGACCUUCCCGGAAUCCUCCUGAUGUGGGGCAGCUGAAGAUGAACCUGGUGGACAGGCUGAAGAGGCUAGGCAUAGCCAGAGUGGUCAAGGCUCCCGAUGCACAGGAGAAUGGGAAAAGCCAAGAGUCAGAAGUUGGUCUUCACAAAGCAGACUCUGCUGUAUAUUUAAAUUCAAGUAGCAGUUUACUGGGUGGGCUGAGAAGGAAUCAGAGUCUUCCAGUCAUGAUGGGGAGCUUUGGUGUUUUAGUGUCCACAUCCUCACCCAGAAUGGGCAUCCUAAAGGAGGACUAGGGCUCAGUGGGAACUGACCUUUGGUACAGGGUGGCACAUGAAGGGCAGAUGUGUACUGAUCCUGUAGCUGACUAGAGAAAAAGGGAAUGUUGCAGAAGGUUGUGGAUGUGGAGAGAGGGAUAUGGAGAGUUGGGAACAAAGUUGGACUGAAGUCCUCAGAAAUGGAGUCUGGUAAGCUGAAAGUAUAAAUGGAUGGGCCUGGAGUGUCUGGAGACCGGAAAAGGUUCAGUGCCCUCCUUCAGUUGGGCGUUCUUGUCUUGAAAAUCAAAACUGAGUAGAGAAUAAAUUCUAUAAUAUUGAAACCUACCAGAAGUACCUGCUCUUCCAUUGAGCUGAGCAGGAUACUUGCCCAGGAUAGGAAGAGGACAGAGCAGCAGGGACUGCUGCUGGUGAAAGCUGCUGUAUAGGCAGGCAUGGCAGACUGGGUCUGUCCCUGCGGUAGAUGGUGAUGAGAACCCCUGCUUCCCUGCUGGUGUUCAGUGAAACUGCAUGGACAUCUGAUGUGUACACACAGCACUAGCAAGACAAAGGUUUUUAUGUAUUUUGUUAGAUCAAAGUACAGACUUUUUUCUGUUUUCAGUUUUAAGCCACUGGGAACCCAAUAUCAGCUAAAUUCCUUUGUAUUUAUGAUUACUAAAAGUUCAUUUUUAAAAUUUGUAUUUUUAUACAGCAUCAAAAACAACAUGGAUAAGGGUUAGGAGAGAUUUACUUUAAGAAGGAAAAUAUGAGUUAUUUAGAACCAAGGAACCUUGUUUCUAUAAUUAUCUAGGUAAUGCAGUACCCAAGUAAUACAACCCUAACUUCCGUCCAAACUCCUUAGAGGCUGGAAGGGUUAAACCAGAAGUGCAAUCUAUAGAAAUUAGAUUAUGUUGUAUAUUUACAUAUUUAAUUUUUUUCAAAGUGCACUAUG